AUGAGCUUCUGUUUCUUUCUCUAUGGCUUCAGCUGAACCAGACUCCAAACCUCCCUUCUCUCUGGAGACGUACCAUGUCUCUGAAGAGUUUGGCUUCGUCCUUCAGGAUCCUCUGGAAGAGCUUCCCCCGUACUACCAGCCGUGGAUGGAUAUUGCCCUGCGAGUCCCAGAGCUUGUGCACUCUCACGAGUUGCGCUUCCAUAUCAACAAGAUGCCGCGGCUGAGCAGCCAGUUUCUGCAGACACACCGGGAGUUACGCUUGGCCCACCUGGCCCUCAGUAUGAUGACCAUGGGCUACAACUGGCAGGAGGGAGAGAACAACACAGUGGAGAUCCUACCACGUAACCUGGCGGUGCCAUACUGGGAGGUGUCACAGCGUUUAGGACUUCCCCCAAUUCUCACCCAUGCAGAUGUAGUACUGGCUAACUGGAGGAAGAAGGAUCCAGAGGGUCCUUUCGACAUGGAGAACCUGGAACUGUUGUGCAGCCUCCCGGGCGGAGACAGCACCCAAGGUUUCUUCUUGGUCACUCUGCUUGUGGAGCUGGCAGCAGUCCCUGCAUUGAAGAACAUUCCCACUGUGAUCAAUGGUGUCAGGUGUGGAGACUCUGAGACUGUGGCCAGAGCCCUGGAGGACAUCAGCCAGUCCAUACAGGACAUGACAGAAAAAUUCAAACUGAUACAUGUUUACGUGGAGCCUUCGGUAUUCUAUGGCGUUAUGAGGAUCUACUUGUCCGGGUGGAAAGACAACCCCUGUAUGCCAAAGGGACUGGUUUAUGAAGGGGUCCAGGCCGAGCCCAUGGAGUAUUCAGGUGGGAGCGCUGCACAGAGCAGCUUGCUGCAAUGCUUUGAUGAACUUCUGGGAGUCCAACACGAAGCGACAAGUGGUGCCUUUCUAUCCCGCAUGAGGGACUACAUGCCGCCUGCCCACAAGCUGCUGAUCCAGGACAUCUCGUUGCAACCCUCCCUGAAGAGUUUUGUCCAGCAGCAGGCCAGCGAGAAGCUAAACCAGGCCUUUCAGCACUGUGUCGCAAAACUGUUGGCUUUGCGCAGCUACCACAUCAAUGUCGUCAGCCGCUUCAUCACCGUACCUGCUGCCCACGCCCGAAAACUGAGGACACUGAGAAACCAGAGGCAGGAGUUAGAGGGGGAGAUGAUCAGCAGAGCACCCAUAGCAUUAGAGGAGAGGGGCACCGGUGGAUCUAGCAUCAUGUGCUUCCUUAAGACUGUGAGAGACCAGACAAAAGACACUUUUUUGCCUGAGACACGGAAAUAAAUGAAGUCCACCACAGCGGAUGUGAGCCGGUCAUCACACAGGAGAGUGUCCACUGCGUCACAGAAAACAGGCCAUGAAUCACCUCCGAUUACUUAGAAUAAAACCAUUUCAUAUGUCAUCUAGAGGACGCGUUGCGGCAGAAUGAGAGUGUGAGGCCUCGAUCGCUCGUCUUACAUGUAGCUUUUUACUAUCUGUAAACAAACCUCAGGGAAAGUCAUUUUGAAAUUCAGUUCAAAUGCUUUUUAAAAUAAGUUUUGUCUUCCGUUGCUUGAAAAUAUAGCAGCAUUUAGCUUUUCUGAGGUUAUUGUGGUAAUUGAGAGACGCUUUUAAACGAUGGUAAUGUUGCAAUACCAUGUGAAACCUUGGCGAGGCACUAAAGUUCAGGAUUUUAAUUCCACAAAAGAAUAUUUCUCUGGCUUUUUCCUUUAAAAAAAAUAUUUGGCAACACCUGAGUGCACUAAAGGCCCGCAGGCCACUGAUUUAACCACAAACUAAAUGGACCUGAUUAAAUAAUCUAAUAUUUUAGUAAAUAACAGUAUUCAUCCUUAAUAAUAGUCAUUUGAAGAGAUGUGUAAUCCACACCAGCCUGAAACAAUAAAGUAUCGACAGGCUGGAACCCGAACUGAAAAUAAUCCCUCUUUGUUGCCUCAUCUGACAGCGUGUCCUCACAAUGGCGUUGUCAUUGUCAAAGCACAAAGCACAAUGCAGUGCGGAGACACAUCACCUAUCAGAGCGGUUACCUCAGCACUCCUGCCGCCCUCCUCCAGCCCACAUCCAGCCCUCACAUGCCCUUCUAUACUUUCUGGGCGGAGAGUGUGGAAAGCCCAGAGCAAUGAAGGGAUGGAUUGUGCCAUGAAUGGCUAACGCUGUGUAAUCUUCACCUUUCCUGGAUCGUCUCCACAGGUAUAUCAUUUCAAUAACAGCCCGCCCGCAAGAUCAGAUAAAGCCGACGCCGCGGCAAUUAGACGUGACGAUUCCCCCUCAACCUGAGCGAUCUCCUUUAUCUCACCUUCUUUCUCGUCGCAUGCAGGGAAGACAACAGAAGAGCAAAUAAGAGAGAAAACCAUUACACAUCAUUUGAGUAUGAGGGAGAUUUGUCGGAAGAUGUUUGUACGGCGUGUGUGAAGAUAGAUGUUUUAAAGCCAUUCUGAUUGACAGCAGUAACGUUCAGCCGUCGGGUUGGUUAUAUCGGUCGUGCUUUAAGUCGCCGCAAACCCUUCACACAGAACCCGAGAAGCUGGAGACCCGAGGUGAGGAGGUGAAAGGGGGAGAAAUAGUGUGUUCACAUGUCGCAGUGAUCUGAUUAAAAUCUCCUCCACGGCCAGAGCAAAUAAUCCCCUUCCUUAUUGCCUGAGUGUGGAGGACUCCCUGACAACCUGGCAGUAAACACUGGCCAUCUCUAAGGAUGUCUUCAUUGUGCAGUCAGGGCCGGGCCUUCACAGCCACUGAAGUUUCACCUCGCAUCACAACAGUGGCUGGCUUCAGGGUGCGACGUGACACGCAUAUUCAUGCGCAAACUUGCUUGUUUUGUGCUGACCGUGGUGUGAAAUGUACGACAAAAUAAAAGCACGUUAGGUCAGCUUUAUCGUUAUGUGCAUUUGUAAUAUUUUGGCUGACAUUUUCCAAAAGGACUCAGCUAGCGUUCUGUAUAUCUGAGUACAAGCCUUCCAAGCAAAUGCUAAAAAAGUGAUUUUCCUCACGUCGAAGGGCAUCUGGAGUCACUCUUGUUUUCAUGAAAUCACCUCAAACCAUAUUCCAUCCAUCGGAGCCAACAGGAUCACAGGCGUGGGCCCUCGUUUCGGGUUAGACAAUUGGAUAUCUGCGCCUCGGUGGUUAACCAGGAUGUCCUGGAUUCUAUUAUUUCAUAAUUAAAAAUGAUGCCGCUGCUAACCUCGAGCCAAGCAAAGCCGAGACCUUUUCUCGCCCUGGGCGCAAGUAUCCGCGAUGGCAGCAGCUCGGGUCUGAUUGCCUCUGGCACAUGGCAGGCGUAGCUGGGAAUUAUGGGCUGCGUGUGCAGAGCAGUAGGUGACUCCGGGCGUGUUACCAUUCCUUCUCAUUUCUAUCUUUGUCAAACAUCUAUGCUACACACCCACACUUCAUACUUCACUUACUGAUCAGUUUGGACUCACCCUAAAUUUGAGCUCUGUGUGUAUUCUAAUGAGCGGCUGUCAUCUCUAGUCUUUCACAACCAUCGUUCAAAAUCUGUCUAUUGAGGAUAAUUCAGUUCAAAUAUGAAUGUAACUAUUUUUAUUUAGCAUACUUGAGACCACAUACUCCAGAGAAACUCUCUAACUAGUUUUGACUGUGAUUCCCCCUCCCACAGGGUAUCCAUUUAGUGGUCUAAAGGAAUUUAAAGAAAAUAUGUGACAGUUCACCCGAUGGGCAGAGGUCAGUGUACCAACCUUCCCAAUGCCAUGAUCCCCUCCACAAUGGUGAAUCAUGUUUCAUAUAGUACCUCCAUUUGGAAGCUCUCUAAACACAAGCAAACGUAGGCGAUAUUCACUGUGUUGCGGGUUUUCGGACUUCACUUUUCUGCCUACUUUUUUAUUUGCACACACAUUUUGCUUUAUCUGCAGUAUGAAGUGAUUUCUCAUUCCCAUGUUCAUCAUUUUGGUGAAUGGUGUGACAGACGGCAUCAUUUCUACUCUAAAAUCCAUAAUACAAAAUUUGGUUUUAGACAUUUAUUUACAUGUAUCUAGCAUUGUAUUCAGCUAUUUCACUGCUUUUGUGAACCUAUGACCUAUGGUAAACCAAUUCCAAACACCAAAACAGUUCAUCCACAUGAGUAAAGGUGUGUUUUCAGAAGAGUUAUGAAGAAUUUUUAAAAAUCGAAUGUACAUUUUCAGCUUUAGGGCCAUAUUUUCUUUUUCCACUUGUACCUGAGGACAAUUGGGUCUCAUUAUAUAGAGAGCUGAGAUUGUUCUGGAAUGUUUGAUGUAUAACACAUGGGUAUGUGUCAUAUGCAAAAGCCUUUAAAAGGUGAAUUUAAUCCUUUUUGUAAAAUCGAGAAAAUGACCCGACUCCAGAGGGUUAAACCAGACUUCAAGCUCAUCAUCUUUCACCUCCUCUGACUUUCAACUCCUUUUCUUUCUUCUUACCUCAGCUGCUCUUUGCUUGUGCGGUCUGUUCGGGCAAGUUAAAAGCUUUUGAUGUAGUCAACUUUUAUCACUUCCUCCCCACUGACUCCACUGAAAUGGCAUGCCCACAUGAAAAAAGAGAAAGAGAAGCUGUCAUGUUCACAAGCAGCUUCAAAGUGUAGAAUUACUGCUGUUCUGAUGGUCCAGCCCGGGUGACGUCACCGACUUGACAGGAAAGCACACGUCAGAUUGCAGCCGUUAUUUUUCCAGGAAAAAUCUCGUGAUAUUUUGGAGCCUGUGCAUUGUCCUGCUUUGUACUGCUCAGCUAUCCUUGUUGAGCUGGAGAGAUUGUGUAUGAGUGUUCCAAUGACUGCUGUUGCAGUUAUGUUGAGUCACCUGUGAGGCUUUCUGAGCCUUCACUGGAGUGACUGUCCUGAGGCACUGUGAUGCAUGUUUUGGUUUUCAAGGGAAUUAUUUAUGAAACAAUUCUUGAGAGUUAUAAAUGUAAUUAAAAACGUAUUAAUAUGGAAGAUGUAUGUGGUAGUAUAUAUAAAUAUAUUUUGUUUUUUAUUUUGUUUAUUGUUGUUUUUUUGUUGUUUUAUUUUCUUCUUUAUUUUAUAUUAAUUUUCUGAUUUAUUUUGAUUUCAAUUUAGGAUAGGAAUUUAUAAGCAUUUUUUGCUUCUACCUAUACCUUUUCAGUCUUUCUCUUUUGUAUAUUAUAUUGGAUAAUAUUGUAUUGUAUUUGAUUUGAUUGACUGAAUAAAAUACAAACAAACAAACAAACAAUGUUCACCAUCUUACUGCUGCAUGGUAGUAUUUGCUAAUUGGCACAUAAAAGUACAACUGAGGUUGAUGUGAAUGUUGUUAGUUUUCCAGUCAUGUGGUGAAAAGAUUUUGUCCAGUUGAAAAUAUAAUUUAAUGAUAGAGCGAAUAUCAUGUAUAAAAUUGUUUUUUGGAUAUUUCAUUUUAGAUCAAAGUGAAUCAACAGGCUACAAAGCCAUUCCUUGUUCGAGCCAUAUUGGCUAGAAAAUGUCAAGUUGCUUGAUGAAAUAAAAGUGUUCUCCUUU